AUGAUUGAUUCAGGAAGUGAAAUUGAAUAUUCCAAAGAAAAAACAUUAUCAUACAAUGGAGAUAACGAAGGUUGUGAACAAGACGAGUUUUCAUUAAAAUAUAAAAAAACUUUAGAUAUUGAUACAAAUGAAAAUGACGUUUAUAAUAGUAUGGAAAAAGAGAAUAUUUGUGAUGAAAAAAAAAAAUUAGAACAAUUUAGUGUAAAUAAAACAUGUAAUGGUUUAAAAAAAAGUGUUUAUAUUGAAAGUGGUAACACAGAUUUAUCUUAUUUUCAAAAUAUAAAAGAUAUUUCGAAAAAAAAUGAAGACAUAAAUUACAAAGAGGUUAAUGAUUUAUCUAUAAAUGUUAAUAAUCUAUAUGAUAAAAAUAUAAUUGGCACAAAAUAUUAUGACCAAAAUAUAAAAGAUAAUAUUUCAGAUAAAAGUAGCAAAGAAACCGUUUGUCCUUUUGAAAAUGACAAUAAUAAUAAUAAUAAUACUAAUUCGACUAAUGUAGUAAAUUAUCAAAAUUGUGAUAAAAAAAAUGAAUCAAGCAUAAGCACCAGUUGUAUAAAUGAAUAUAAACAACUAAAUAAUGACAAUAAUAAAAAUGUUUAUAAUGAAAACAUAAAUCUAGAAAAAAAUGAAAUAAAAGAUAUAGAAAAAAAUAAAUCUUUUGAUUAUUGUAAUGAUUUACAUAAUAAUGAUCAAACUAGUAAAGAAUUAAAAUAUUACGAAACUAAUCCUGAAAAAUUAGUGUAUCUCGAAAAAAAUAACUUAAUAGAUAAUAAUUGUAAUGAUAUAGAAUAUAUAAAUGAUACAACAGUUGACUAUGUUUCGUUAAAAAAUUUAUCUCAAUAUUCAUUAAAUGAAUCUUUAUUCAGAGAAAAUAAUUCAAAUGACAUAAAUAAUUGUAAACAAUUUGAUCAUAUAAUAAAUGUAAAUAAUUCUAAUAGUAUUAGUAAUAAUGAUGUUUUCGAUAAUAGUCAUAUUAAAGAUUCGUCUUUAACAAAAUAUAGUAACUUAAAAAAUAAUUCCCAAUUUUAUGAUAAGUUAACAAAUAAUGGAGACUCUAUUGCUUUUCACGGAAAAAAAAUGAAAGAACAAAUCGAUAGCAAUAAUGCUAGUGAUAAUAACACAUACGAAGUAUACAAAAGUGGAGCAUACAAAAGUGAAACAUACAAAAACGAAACAUACAAAAACGAAACAUACAAAAACGAAAUAGAUACGAGCAAAAGCUCAAAUAAUGUGUCCUUGAAUAAAUGUAUUAAUGUGCAAGAAAAUUAUGAUAAUUGUGAAGAAAGAAAUGAAUAUAUUGGAAAUGAUAACAAACUAAAUCAAGAUAAAAUAAAUAAUGGGUAUAAGAAAUAUAAUGAUAAUAAUAAAAGCAAUAUAUAUGGUGGAUCCAAAAAUAUGAGACACCAUGGAGAGUCAGAUAAAUGGUAUAGUAAUAAAAUGAAUAGCAAUAAUUAUAUAAUAGAAGAAAAUGAUUAUCAUAAUAAUAAAAAUUUACAUAUAAAUAAAGAAAUGAAUAUUUCUAAAAAGAAAAAUGAUACUACAUUAAAGAAAAGCGGGAUAUAUGAAUACAGAAAAUAUGAAAAAAAUAAAUGCUUGGAAGGAUAUCACCAUAAUGAACAUUCUGAAAUUAGUCUUAGAAAUGUAAAAUGUGAAAAUAGUGCCAGUGGUUAUAACGAAAUGGUUAGUAAUAAUAAUCGAAAUAACAAUAUAAACUCUCAAUAUAUGAUACCUCCAUCUCAGAUAGGUUGUAACAAGAAUAAUAAGAAAAAGGAAAAUGUCAUAUAUUAUGAAUCUAGAAGAAAUAUAGACAAAAUGGGAGGUAGAGCAGGAGACAUGAACAGUCGAAUGAUAACUAAAAUAAAUGAAAAUAUAGAUUCUAAAGAAGCUAACGAAAAUGCAGUAUCAUAUAAAGAUGCACAUAGAUCAAAUAGAAAUAGUAUUAUCAAUUGUAAUCAUAUUAAUCAAAAUUAUCAUAAUAAUUGUAAUAAUAGUAAUUAUUAUAAUUCUAUUACUGAAAAUGAAAUUAUACACAAUGAAAUAGAUUAUAACAACAUUCAAGGAAAAAGAUAUUAUUUACCUCCUUCCAAAAAAAAUGAUGGAACAAAAUAUUCAAAAAAUCAAAUGUUAAUGAUAUCUAAACAAAAAAUAAAAAAGAUGUGGAAUAAAUUUAAAAAUGGUUCACCAAAAGAUCAAAAUAUAGGUUCCACACUUGACGAUGAAAAUAAUAUGUUUCCAAAUGUAAUAGAAGAUUGUAAUAUCCAACAAAAAGUUCAAAUAUAUAAUGAUCAUUACGAAACAAACAAUGGUAAUCAUAGUAAUAAUGUAUAUAAAGAUUGUGUUAAUAAACCUAUUAAAUGGGUAAAAAAUAAUAAUAAUAUAGAAAAACCAAUACAAUCUAAAUGUAUAUUCAAUUGGAAAAUAGCUCAAAUGUCGUUAUUAAAAUUAUUACAUAGUGCUCAUAAUUUUCAUUUUAAUAAUGUAAAAUAUUCUGAUUGGAAAUUUAUAUGUAUACCAACACUUGGAUUUUCAAAAUCAAGUAAUAGAGUUCAACAAAUGUAUAAAGCAAUUAUUCCAUCAAAAGAUGGAAAUAGUAAAAAUGAUGUGAAAUUAUUUAUUAAAAAAAUACCUAUAUAUAUAUGGGUUAAACAAUUUAAUUUAAUGUCAGAAUUUGAUGGAGAAUAUGUAACAGAUGGUGAAAAUUUUGUUAUGGAAGCUGCUUCGUUAGCAUUUUUAAGUGAAUAUCAUCCUCGUAUUGCUCCAAAAUUACAUAAAAUAUUAUAUGAAGUUGAUAGUAAUAAUUUAGAUGAUUCUAAUAAUAAUAUUCUCCCUGAAUCUAUGUUUAGUAAUUUAACUAUAUUUAAUAAUGUAUUAGGAGAAAGAUUAAAAAAUAAUAUCAAUGGUAAUAUUGUUCUUGUUUCAGAAUUUUUCAGUGAAGAUAUUCUUGAUUUUAUUGAUAGAAGACAAAAAAAUUUUAAUAUGAAAAUUAGUAAUAAUGAAAAAAGUUAUAUUCUUUAUCAGUGUUUGAAAUUGUUAAUAAGAUUACAUGAUGCAGGUUUAUCACAUUUAGAUUUAACUCCAGAAAAUAUAUUAAUAUCAGAUAAUUAUGAAAUGCGUUUGUGUGAUUUAUCAAAAAGUACACCUAUAUAUACAUAUAAUUUAAGACAUAUAAAAGAUGUUAAUCGUUUAUAUUUAUUUGAAUCAUGUGAACCAACUAUUGCAAAAGGAGCAUACAUGCCUCCGGAAUGUUGGAAAAUUUAUUGGAAAUAUGAUACUAUGAAAAUUAAAAAUCCACUAAGAGAUUUAAAAUCUAUAACAGAUCAAGAAAAAAGAAAACAGUUUUAUUUUGAUGUUGCAAAUGCUGAUAAAUUUAUGCUUGGUGUUUUUUUCUUUUGGAUAUGGACUAACGGGAAUUUAUGGAAAUGUUCCGAUCCGUUACAAGAUGAAGACUUUUUUUACUUUGUAAAAUGUGACAUGAAUUUUGAUAAAUUCGAGCUAACUAGAAAAUGGCCAAGCGAACUCAAAAGUAUUAUUAAGGGAUUAUUGCACGCAGAAACGCGAAAAAAGUUGAACUUAAAGGACAUGAUCAUGCACCCUUGGUGGUCAUGCAAAUUAUAA